AUGCGUUCAAUCCUCUACGUUUUUAUUAUCUCUUUCCUCGUAGCUGUUGUUUCUUCGUUCCCCAAUGGCUCUGGUACAUGUAACUCAAUUCAAGCGACUAUCGAAGGUGUACCAAAUUCACCCAUGGGUAAACUCAAUAGUGCGCUUACUUAUGCUUUCGAUCUUGAUUUAAAGAAAAGCAAUUACGUUCCUGGACGUAGUGCUGUUCUUACUAUUAAAGGUCCUCAACCUUACAAGGGUUUAUUGUUAUAUGCUGUGGACAGUGCUAAAAACCAUGUUGGUUCGUGGAGUACUCCAAAGGGUUACAAAAUAUUGAGUCUAAAUUGUACUGGUGAUCCGAAAGGAACUAUUACACAUGAUUCUCCCGAUCAAAAAAAUCCUACUGAUACUAAACUCACUUGGACAGCACCAGCUAAAGAUGUCGGCCCAAUUACUUUUAUUGGCACCAUUGUGGUUGAUCAACAAACGGGCUUCCAAGUUGUAAAAUCUCCGAUUUUCUCUGUUGCUGGAAGCAAAUUUACUGCGCCAGCUACGCCAACAGGUACUGCUACGAAUCCUCAACCUCAAGCUUCUGCCUCUGCACCUGACGGAAAUCCUGACAAUUCUGGAUCAACUUCAUCCACCAAUUCAACUUCAUCUACCACUUCUGAUGCCUCUUCUUUAAUGGAUGGUUCUUUGUUGUUGGCAAAAUUAGGCUUUGUUGCCACUUUG